GCCCCACAGCUGGGACCAGACAUUCCCGCCGCAGAUGUGGCGCCGCCGCUGCCACCGCCGCUGCCAGACCCCUGUGCCACCCAUCCUGGAAUCUGAGGGGUCCAGAGUCGUGGAUUCCGGCUUCCCGAGUCUCUGUACCGCGUCCUGAGAGACCCUGAAACACAAGCCCCCGCGUCCAGGCUAGAGGACCCUAGAUAUCCAAGUGCCCAGCGCCCCCUCCUGGAGGAGCCGGGAGUCCGGGACAUCAGCCCCGCGCGACCCUGGAGGGCGGGCGAAACUCUUACACCCCAGUUUGAAGAAUUUAGGAAUCUAGACCGGAGGUCUUGUCCAGGAGUUCCCAGAAAUCCCAGCUCGAGACUACGGGGGUUAGAGGAACUUGGGUUAUGGACUCCUAGCUCCCCAACCCGUCUGUUUUGCGCAGAAGUGCCCACUACUUCAAGGAGACUCAGGAAUUGAGGACUCCCCUGCACUCCCGCCUGGAGGUGAUUUAAUUCCUGCUCCUACAGUUGGGGGAACUCAAGAAUCCGGGCCGCCCAUGGCCCUAUCUAGAAGUCUCAGGAAUUUGGGUACCCAGCACCCUCAUCUGAGACUCAAGAGUGGAGGCUCCUAGCAGCCUCCGUUUAGAGAACCAAGAAAUUCGGACCGCUGCACCCCAAUCAACAAGAGAUGUUGGAUUGUGGUUCCCUGAGCGCCCGAAGUUCACGACCCUGACUUGCAGAGACCCAGGAGUCCCGGCUCUGCGCUUCCGGGGGGACCGUGCUACGGUCGAAUAAGAACCAGGCUGCCUCGGUUCGGGGUUGGAUACUCCGGGGGAGAAGCCGCUGAGCCACUCAGCCAUGCCUGAGGGAGCCCGUGGACUGAGCCUGCCCAAACCCAGCCCUCGCCUUGGCCCCUGCUCCAGAGGUGAAGUGUGUGACUGUUCAACUGUGUGUGAGACUCAGACAGCAGCCUCUACAACCCCUGCCAUGGCCUCCCCCCGAGGUUCUGGGAGCUCCACAUCCCUGAGCACAGUGGGCUCUGAGGGGGACCCGGCCCCGGGGCCCACCCCUACCUGCUCAGCCUCCAGGCCAGAGCCCUUUCCAGGGCCCCCCAUCCGCCUGCAUCUGUCGCCUGUGGGGACCCCGGGUUUGGCAAAACCCUCAAGGCUGGAGCGUGUGGCCUGUGAGAUCGUGGAGACAGAGCGGGCCUACGUCCGGGACCUCCACAGCAUCGUGGAGGACUACCUGGGCCCCCUGCUGGAUGGCGGGGUCCUGGGACUGAGUGCGGAGCAGGUGGGCACGCUGUUUGCUAACAUCGAGGACAUCUAUGAGUUCAGCAGCGAGCUCCUGGAGGACCUGGAGGGCAGCAGCAGUGCAGGGGGCAUUGCGGAGUGCUUCGUGCAAAGGAGCGAGGAUUUCGACAUCUACACAUUGUACUGCAUGAACUACCCGAGCUCUCUGGCCCUGCUCCGGGAGCUGUCGCUGUCUCCCCCAGCGGCCCUGUGGCUGCAGGAGCGCCAGGCCCAGCUCCACCACUCGCUGCCCCUGCAGAGCUUCCUGCUGAAACCUGUUCAGCGCAUCCUCAAGUACCAUCUGUUGCUGCAGGAGCUAGGCAAGCACUGGGCAGAGGGCCCAGGUGCCGGGGGCCGCGAAAUGGUGGAGGAGGCUAUUGUGUCUAUGACAGCGGUCGCCUGGUACAUCAAUGACAUGAAGCGCAAGCAGGAGCACGCUGCACGCCUCCAGGAAGUGCAGCGGCGGCUGGGUGGCUGGACCGGCCCGGAGCUCAGUGCUUUUGGGGAGCUGGUGCUGGAGGGCUCAUUCCGAGGCGGCGGAGGGGGCGGCCCCCGACUUCGAGGGGGUGAGCGGCUGCUCUUUCUAUUCUCACGGAUGCUGCUUGUGGCCAAGCGCCGGGGACCGGAAUACACCUACAAGGGCCACAUCUUUUGCUGCAACCUGAGUGUGAGUGAGAGUCCUCGCGACCCUCUAGGGUUCAAGGUGGCGGAUCUGACCAUUCCCAAGCACAGGCACCUGCUCCAGGCCAAGAACCAAGAAGAGAAGCGGCUGUGGAUUCAUUGUCUUCAGCGCCUCUUCUUUGAGAACCACCCUGCCUCCAUCCCGGCCAAGGCAAAACAAGUUCUCCUUGAAAACACUCUGCACUGUGCUCCUAAAAGUAAGCCUCUCCCAGAGCCCGUGACACCCCCACUUGGGUCUCCCCGACCUCGAGAUGCUAGAAGUUUCACCCCUGGACGCAGGAACACAGCUCCGUCUCCAGGCCCUUCCAUUACCCGCCGUGGCCGCAGACAGUCUGAACCAGUAAAGGACCCUUAUGUCGUGUUUCCACAGAAUGCUAAGCCUAGACUCAAGCAUGCUGGCAGUGAGGGGGAGCUCUAUCCCCCCUUAGAGCCUCAGCCACCAGGUCCAGUUUCUGGACUCCCUGAGGACCUGGAAGACACUGGACCCCCCACACUGGACGCCUCUGGGACCUCAAUCACUGAAGAAAUCCUGGAACUGCUGAACCAAAGAGGCCUCCGGGAUGCGGGGUGCCCAUUACAGCCAUCCCCUCAUGACCUUCCCAAGUUCCCCGGAGAUACCCAGGUGCCAGGUGCCAGCGAAAGCCUCACGUUCCCAGCCCUGCCCAGCCGGGACUCUUCAGAAGAGGAGGAGGAGGAAGAUCUGGAGAUGGACGAACGGGGCCCUUCCCCACUCCAUGUGCUAGAGGGACUCGAAAGUUCCAAUGCGGCUGAAGUUCCUGACAUUCCUGGCCUUACCAAAAAUCCUGCUGUGCCCAGCCUCUCUGAAAUUCCCAGCCUUUCUGAAAUUCCCCAAACUCCCUGCCUUCCCAGUCUCUCUGACAUUUCCAGUGUUUUUGAAAUGCCUGGCCUUCCAGCCAUGCCUAGUAUCCCCGACAUUCCUGGUCUUUCCAGCUCCCCCACCCUUCCCUGUGAUUCCUGGCUACAAGGACCUCUACAGGAGCCGGAUGAGGCUCUGGCCACCAGGAGAGAACUGUUCCCUGGAAGCAGUUCCAGAGAACUGGGAGAGCCCUCCUCAGGUAGCAGGGCAGGUCAGGAGGAGGAUGAAGAAGGGGUGUCAUUCCCAAAUUUCCAGCCCCAGGGUGGCACCCGAGAUCAGGGAUUCCAGAAUGAGCUGGAAUUCCGCUCUUGCUCAGAAAUCCGGAGCGCCUGGCAGGCUCUGGAGCAGGGGCAGCUGGCCCGGCCAGGUUUCCCAGAGCCGCUGCUAAUUCUGGAAGAUUCAGAUCUCGGUGGCGGCAGCGGGAGUGGGAAGGCCGGAGCCCCAAGUGCGGAGCGGGCAGCGUCCCGAGUGCGAGAGUUGGCCCGGCUCUACAGUGAGCGGAUCCAGCAGAUGCAGCGGGCUGAGACCCGGGCCUCGGCCAAUGCCCCCCGCCGCCGGCCACGGGUUCUGGCCCAACCCCAGCUGUCCCCCUGCCUGCCCCAUGAGCAGGCCGAGCCAGGGCCCCUGCCUGCCUUCGGACACGUGCUGGUGUGUGAACUGGCCUUCCCACUGACCUUGGCCCAGGAAUCUGUCCCCCUGGGCCCUGCUGCCCAGGUUCAAGUUGCCACACCUCUGUCUAAGCAGGAAGGCUGCCUGGAUGGUCCGGGUCUAGAUGUUUCCAGUUUGCCUGAGCAAGACCAUCACGGCACCCAGGUUCCAGUCGCUACCCCCUUGCCUAAGAAGGAAGUCCCCCUACAUGUCCAGGUUCCAGCUAUUACAACUCUGCCUGAUCGAGAAGGCCACCUGGAAAUGCAAGUUCCAGCUACCACUCCUUUGCCUGAGCAUACAGGCCAUGUGGAUGUACAACUUCCAGCUAUCACCUUUUAUCCGCAGCAAGGAUGCCAGAUGGACACCCCAGUUCCAACCACCCCAGCUUUGCCCAAGCAGGGAAGUUGUUCUGAUGUCAUGGCUUUAGCCACCACUCCUAUGCUUAAGCAAGAAAUCCACAUAGACUGCCAGAGCCCAGCCAACACUCCAUUAACUAAACAAGGAGGUUCCAGGGAUGUUUGGUUCCCAGCCACUGUCUGUGGCCAGGCCGUUGACGCUUUGCUUCUGCAUGGGAGCAGCCUGAAUGAUCAGAUCCCAGAAAAUACCCCACUGACCUUGGAACACAACCUUCCAGACGUUCAGGUUCCAGGUACCUCACCUUUGCCUGCAUGUGGAGACCACACAGACUGUCAGAUCACAGCCAAUGCUCCAUUGUCUUUGCCCCAGGACCUUCCAGACAUUCAGGUUCCAGCUGCCACAACUUUGCCCCAGCCACAAGGCUUCACGGACACCUGGGUCCAGGCCCUCCCACCUGUGCCCAAGCAGGGAGGCCUGCCAGACAUCCAGAGGCCUGCUGCUGAACCUUUGCUUCAGGUGCAAAGCCUCACAGACGUCCACGUCCCCAAAUCUACAUCUUUGUUGGAGCAGAAGAGCCUCACAGACGUCCAUGUUCCAGCUGCCACACCUCUGCCUGGGCAAGGAGGCUCUCUGGACAUUCAGGGCCUGUCACCUGCCCCAGUUCAGACCACUGUGAUUUUGUCCAAACCAGGAGGCCACUCGGUCUCUCUUGUUGCCAGGUCAGAGUCUUCAGACUUGACUCCACCCCACAGUCCCCCGCCCCCAACCCGUCAACUCCUGGGCCCCAAUGCAGCAGCCCUCUCAAGAUAUCUGGCAGCCUCAUACAUCAGCCAGAGCCUGGCUCGACGGCAAGGGCCUGGGGGAGAGGCCCCCCCAGCCUCCCGGGGCCCCUGGUCUUCCUCUGCCCCCACAUCACGGGCACCUUCACCACCACCCCAGCCCCAGCCCCCACCACCCCCUGCCAGGAGGCUCAGCUAUGCCACCACAGUCAACAUCCAUGUCGGGGGUGGUGGGCGGCUACGGCCAGCCAAGGCCCAAGUCAGGUUGAACCACCCUGCUCUCUUGGCCUCCACCCAGGAAUCUGUGGGCCUUCGAAGGGCCCAGGGGACUCCUGAUGCCCCUUACCACAUGUGAGCCAGGAUAUCAGGCUUCUUGAAAAGCAAAGACUUCAACCAGAUGCCACAGACCCUCAGAACUUCACCCAGAAGUCCAGACACUGAACACAGGUUUAAAAAUUGCUGCAGUUUUCCAACUCCUAGGAUCUGCUUUGGCAAGUGGUCCUUAUUAACUUUGAUUAACUCAACAGGGAUGGGGAAAGGGGAUGUCAUUAAUAUUUUGUUAAUAGUAUGAAAUUAUGUUUUCCCAUUCUGGAGAUAGUGGGGGAUAACAGAAGACAACACUGAAUGGGAAAGCACAUCAGUGGUUCUGAAAAUUUGGAGACUCUCAAACUCCUUUGAGAAUUACUGGAAACUGGACCCAUUAUCAUUUGGUGUAUGAUUUCAGAGGGUUUAUGAACUGCUUGAUGCCCAUCUGGGAAAGCCAAGUUAAGAAGCUUUGCUCCAAGUAGAAAUUCAUUCCCUUAGCAAUUGAACCAGUUCGCGGGUCCAUCAUCCACCCAUCUCAUCUGCUCAGCCAUCUCUCCAUCUUUAUCUCUGGCUAUAUAUCUUCCAAUCCAUCAUCCCACCCAUAUGCCUUGCUUUAUUUAACCAUUUUUACCCUACUCAUCUAUCCAUCAUCCUACCCCCACAUCUAGCAGCCAUUAAUCCAUCUUAUCUCACAUGUCCAUCUUUAUCCAGCCCCCUCCAUUCAUCCAUCUGUCCAUCCAUAUUUCCAUCUAUUCAGCUGUACAUCUCUUUCAUACAACCAUCUCUAAUCUGUCAAGCUAACCAUCUCGAGCACCAUCCAUCCUAAUUGGAGUCUGCUGGGUCUUGGUACUUCAGAGAGUUCCAUGCUAACACCAGUGUGGAUGAAGUUUGAGAUUCUGGAAAAAGUCUAUCCCCCAUCUGUGUGACUCCUCUUGGCAACCACUCUCCACCCCCAUGAAUAUUCCAAUUCUUGUGCCUACCCACACAUAUGAGAUCCCUUUACCCCCUCUAUCCAGUUUGAGACCUCUACAGUGCCUCAGUGUGCCCCCCCACCCACCAAGAAAAAAAUUCAGGUUGUAGAAACAAAGGCUUUUAUAUUAGGAUCCUUCUGUCUCCUCCCAGCCAUGGCAUGCCCAGUGAGAAGCAUAACUGUUUCUUUGGUAGUAUUAGCUUCUUUCAUUGAACAUUCAACCUCUUGUGCUUUAGCACAAUCUUAUUUAACCUUCCCUGGAAUUCUCUGAGGCAUACUAUAGUGUCUUGGCCGAGUUGAAGUCCCAACUUUUCUAGUUACUUGGUACAAAACAUCCCUGUCCACCUGGGUUUUCUCGUGUAUACAAUGAGGACAAUCAUUGUAAAGAAUCAUUGUAAAGACUCAGUGAUUGUAGUCUCACUUCCCAAAGGUCGUCUGAGCCUCUGACUCGCUGGGACAUUGUUCACAUCACAGAUCCUCCAGGAUCUAGUCCCAGUGUAUGGGAUUGGAACUGCCAGGGCAGGAGCCCGGAAAUCUGACGUCUUAGCAAUUGGUUAACGAUAGCAAAACAGGCUGGGAUUUAUUGAGUACUAACUGCAUACCAUAGGCAUUAGUCACUUUAUAUGAACUUUGAGUCCUCACAACAGCCCUAAAAGGCAAGUGAGGAUGGUUUUUAAUCGCUACUUUAGUGAUGAGGAAACCUAGGCCCAGAGAGAAUAAGGGAUUUACCCAGUUAGUUAGGGAGGGACAGAGCUGGGACUCCAAUCCUUGAAGCUCGAAGCCCAGCCCAGUGCCGGGCACCACAGGGGGCACAACAGAGAACACUUCUCAGCCCACUUGAGGCUUGCCGCCUGGUGUUCCAAGGGACCUGGGUCAUUAAUAAGGUAGCCAGAACAAGGCCUGGCUCAUUAAGUGUUAGCUGCCCGCUUCUCUUCAGUUAUUUACUAAGUGAUUGCGAAGCCCUACACUGGGACUGCUCUACUGCAGCCUCUGCAAGGUCAGGACUGAGGCUGGCCCUCCCCUCCUCCAUCCCCAGCUGCACAUCCCCAGCCACCCUCAGCUGUACAUUCCCAACUGAAGGAAAGUUCCCAGCAGCGCCGGAAUUCCCGGUAUUUGAGGAGGCGGCUGGGAGGGAGAAAGGGGCUGUCUGCUCCAAGGCCUGGAGUCGGGGAAGGAGAGGCAAACCCCCUCAGCUUCUCCAGAUGCAUUCCAACUGUGCCUGUGGGAGGGAGUCAGGAGCCUCAAUAAGGGGGUCUCGACCCUGCGGGGAAACCAUGAGCACCAGGCUUGCCUCAGACUCUGGUCCCUGCCCCUGAAUUCCAUUUCUCCUGCCUGCCCAACUCCUACCUCUGCUUGAUGGCCCAGCUCUGGCCUUCUCAGGAAUACCUUUCUUGCCUUGAGAGCUACAUAAAUCAGGUUCAAAAAGGGAAAGGUGACUGGUCGUUGCCCUCCUUGGGACGCUUAGGUUAAAGCCAGCCAACUUAAUGCAGCCCGUUAACUCCAGCUCCCAUGCAUAAAACUUGGUGAGCUGUAUUUUAUUUUGCCCCAGGCUAACUUUCUCAUCUGUUAACAUGAACGUGCCUGUCAGCAACCUGGCAGGGAUAUUGUGAAGGUAUGUCCAGCAAUGCUUAGCUUGGCACUAGUUGGUGCUCAGUCAACCUCACUCCAUCUCUAAGUGCAUCAUAUGAUGCACUGCAUAUACGAUGAUGGUCCCCCAUGAGAUUAUAAUGGAGCGGAAAAAUUCCUGUUGCCUGGGACAUGGACCUUACAAUAUUGUAGCACAACACGUUACUCAAAUACUUACCAUUGUGUUACAAUCACCUACAGUAUUCAGUACAAUUACAUGCUAUACAGGUUUGUAACCUAGGAGCUGUAGGGGAACAGAAUUUGUCACCCCAAAAUGUCUUAUCUGGCAUAAGGAUUAUUUUAGGCUGGUUAAUUUUAAGGACAUGGGAGAAGCUCUGAAAACUAUUAAGUUACCCUUGGUAAAAGACAUUGACGGGGCGGCUGGUUAGCCUGGUUAGAGCGCAGUGCUUAUAACACCAAGGUUGCCGGUUCGAUCCCUGCAUGGGCUACUGAGCUGCGGCCUCCACA